AUGUGGAGCAGGAGGCGGUGCUCGCUGGCUGUGUGCUUGCUGGCCGCGCUUGUUGUGGCCUUGAGCCAGGGCGCGCUUGCGAGCCCUGUGCAUAGACAACACGAGCAAGCUAACGCCUCAGCUGCACAGCGACGGAACCUGCUGUGGCUGCGUGACCCAUUGGAAGUGGCCAACGAUGAUCACAUGCUGCGCAACGCACGUGUUCUGGUCACGGGCGGUGUGGGCUUCAUCGGCUUCCACCUGGCUGCAACGCUGGUGCAGCUGGGCAACGACGUGGUCGUGCUUGACAACUUCAACAGCUACUACGACGUGCGUCUGAAGGAGGCGCGUGCGCACAAGCUCUUUGGCCACGGCGUGCGUGUCGUCAACGGUGACAUCUGUGACUUCCGGCUCCUGGAGAAGCUCUUUGAGCAACACGGCUUUACACAUGUGGCCCACUUGGCCGCCCAGGCCGGCGUGCGCUACUCUGUCAACCACCCGCACGACUACAUCCGCAGCAACGUGGACUGCUUUGUCAACAUCCUGGAGGAGCUGCGCACGAAGCCUGAGGUGAAGCUCGUGUAUGCGUCGUCGUCGUCCGUAUACGGCAAGGACGCCACCAUCCCUUUUACAGAAAAGGAGUGCUCUGACAAGCCAACCAAUGUGUAUGGCGCCACCAAGCGCAUGAAUGAGCUGCUGGCGCACUCGUACCACCACCUGUACAACAUCUCCGCCACAGGCCUUCGCUUCUUCACCGUCUUUGGGCCCUGGGGUCGCCCAGAUAUGGCCCCGUUUAUCUUCACAGAGCGUGUGAUGCGCGGAGACACGAUUGACGUGUACCACACGGCGGACGGCGAGGAGAUGCGACGCGACUUUACAUAUGUGGACGACAUUGUGGACGGCAUUGUGCGCAGUCUGCACCACGGCGCUGGGUAUGACGUCUUCAACCUCGGCCGCGGCCACCCAACUUCUGUGCCGCAGUUUAUUGAGAUGAUUGAGAGCGCGACGGGCAAGCCUGCGCGCCGCAACGAUAUGGAGGCGCACGCGGCCGAGCUGCCGGAGACAUAUGCCGACGUGAGCCACGCCGCAGACGUGCUGGACUACAGCCCCAAGAUGGCCACGGACGAGGGCGUGAAUGCGUUUGUCGGCUGGUACAAGUGGUACUCUGAGCAAGGCAUGUUCCGCCCCUUCCCGCGCGCAGACUACUACUUCCCUGGCGGCCCCGCUGAUGAGGCCUUCAAGCAGCGCCAGCAGCAGUUGUAG